GACGCUGCGCCGCCGACGGACCAAUAGAUGCGCGCCACGCGUAUCGCUUGGAGCACCGAACCCCGCCUUCUUGGGCCCCUCCCUCUCUUUCCCGUCCAGCGUUUCACUCCUAUUUCUCCAUUUCGCCGCUGCGAUUCCAUUGCGCGAUUCCCUUUCCCGAAGCGUUCCCUCGUUCUUUAGUUACAUCUGUUCCAUAAAUCUCGAAUCUUGUUCCUGUUCCAUAGAAUAGUGCGCAUUUUGUGUUGUCCUUCGGGUAAUCGACGUGGGCCGGGGAGUAGCAUGCGAGGAAGUCGCGAUUGGUCAUGAUCUAUGUUGAUCGAAGAGAGUGAUGAAACUCUCUGCACUUCUGACAUCUGCCGGCAUUAACAUUGGCGUCUGCGCUCUGCUGUUGUCGCUGUAUUCGGUGCUGAGGAAACAGCCGGGGAAUGUUAAUGUCUAUUUUGGGCGGAGGCUCGCGGAGGAGCAUGGGCGUCACCGGGACUCUUAUGUUUUGGAGAGGUUCGUUCCUUCUCCCAGCUGGAUAGUAAAGGCUUGGCAAUACACGGAAGAGGAGAUCCUGUCCGCUGCAGGCUUGGAUGCAGUUGUGUUUCUUAGGGCGAUUGUUUUCAGUAUACGGAUCUUUUCCAUAGCAGCUGUAAUAUGUGUCUUUGGCAUCCUUCCGUUGAACUAUUAUGGACAAGAAAUGCAUCAUGACCAUUUUCCUUCAGAAUCCCUAGAUGUAUAUAACAUUGGGAACGUCAUGGAAAAAUCACGGUGGCUAUGGGUCCAUUGCCUUGUUUUGUAUAUCAUAUCUUGUGCAGCUUGUACGCUACUCUACUUUGAGUACAAGAGAAUUGCUAAAAUGAGGCAGAUUCAUAUUACUCGUUCACCUGCUGAUCCUAGCCACUUCACUGUGCUUGUUCGUGGUGUUCCAAAAUCAACUGAAGAAUCACUGAACGAAACUGUUAGGCACUUCUUCACAAGAUAUCAUGGUCCGAGCUACCUAUCACAUCAAAUGGUUUUCCGGGUUGGAAAAAUCCAGAAACUUAUGAGUAAUGCAGAAAAGGUCUAUAAGAAGUUCAUGCACUGGAAUGCCACUGCUUUUGACCCAAGAAGUCGACCUAAUAUGUUCAGAUGUGGUCUUUGUGGAGCAACGUCCAAUUCUUUUGAGUUAAUUCGCAGUCAAUCUGAGAUCAGUGCCACGAAAAACAACCCCAGCCAUUCUUAUCUGCCCGAGAAGGAAUGCGCUGCUGCUUUUGUUUUUUUCAAGACUCGGUAUGCUGCUGUAGUUGCUUCAAAAGUUCUCCAGUCAUCUAAUCCUAUGUUGUGGGUCACCAAUCUUGCUCCAGAACCUCAUGAUGUGUAUUGGUCAAAUCUUUGGCUGCCAUAUCGACAGCUCUGGCUCCGUAGGAUAGCUACUCUACUGGCUAGCAUUAUAUUUAUGUUUCUAUUUCUUAUCCCAGUGACGUUUGUGCAAGGUUUAUCUCAACUAGAUCAGUUACAGCAGCGGCUCCCAUUUCUGAAAGGUAUACUGAAAAAGACCUUUGUGAACCAGAUAGUGACAGGAUACCUCCCUAGUGUCAUCUUACAGCUAUUUCUUUAUACUGUUCCUCCAACAAUGAUGCUGUUUUCAACUGUGGAAGGACCCAUUUCUCGCAGUGGAAGGAAAAAGAGUGCAUGUGCCAAAGUCCUGUACUUUACUAUCUGGAAUGUAUUCUUUGUCAAUGUUUUCUCGGGUUCUGUCAUCAACCAACUGAAUGCCAUAUCUAGCCCAAAGGACAUUCCUGCUCAGCUGGCUAAAGCUGUGCCAAGGCAGGCUACCUUUUUCAUCACGUAUGUUCUCACCUCAGGAUGGGCUAGUUUGUCCUCUGAGGUAAUGCAACUAUUUGGACUUGUAUGGAAUUUCUUAAAGAAGUAUGUCUUCAGAAUUAAGGAGGAUGACCCAGCUUCUGUUCCGUCGUUUCCCUAUCACACAGAAAUACCACGAGUUCUUCUAUUGGGACUACUUGGUUUCACCUGUUCCAUAUUGGCACCUUUAAUCCUGCCUUUCUUGCUGGUGUAUUUUCUACUUGGAUAUGUUGUCUAUCGCAAUCAGAUUAUGAAUGUUUACUGCUCAAGAUAUGAAACCGGGGGACGAAUGUGGCCUAUUGUGCACAACACAACAAUUUUCUCGCUUGUGCUGGCACAGAUAAUUGCUCUUGGAGUUUUUGGGCUUAAGGAAUCUCCUGUUGCCUCAGGAUUCAUGAUACCUCUUGUGAUCCUAACGCUGCUUUUCAAUGAGUACUGCCGGCAACGCUUUAAUCCACUGUUCAGAAAUUUCCCAGCACAGGAUUUGAUCGAGAUGGAUAAAGCGGAUGAGCAGUCUGGAAGAAUGGAACAAAUUCAUGAACAACUGCUUUCUGCUUAUUCCCAGUUCCCACCAGAGAGUCACAAUGUUUGCUUGGUGGAUGGUGAAGGCACAAGUGGAUCCAACAGAAAAGAUGAAUCAACAGAGUUGAGGAAUGAUUUGUCUCAUCCAACGCUUGUGGGGCUUCCAAUCUCUAGACUCCGACAGGUUGUUACUGCAGUUAGCAUGCUCGUGUCACUACAAAGCAAGAGUUCCCCGAUGUAAAGUGCAGUCAAUUUUUGGAGAUUGUCAUCUGAGUCAGAUUGAUGAUACUUCAGAAUCUCUGGAUGUAGCAGGUUAACUCGUAUCGCCUUCCGAAAAGCUCUUUCCAUUGUAUCUGAGCAGUCUAAUUCUGAGGUUGCAGAAGCUCGUGUUCAUCGCCACCAUCUAGUUUUGGCUUUCGGCAUAUUCGUUUGCUUGUUGAUGCCUUGUUAGCUUUUUCUUAUUUGUGACACUCUGAAACAGUCACAGUUCAGAUUACGUUUGUGUUCCUCUGGCAAAUUAAGACUGUAAGAAGAAGAGAUCUGUGGAUGCUACAAUCCAGUUAGUUUUACCUGUA